AUGGCAUUUCACCCCAAAGAUCGCAAAGACCUUCAUCACAUUCCGACCGAGCUACCUCGUCACACCAACCACCACUCCGCCAUCAAGAGGAACCGCCGCCAUUCCCCCUUCUGGCAAAAGUUAUUCGCCGGAUCAUCCUCUGUUGCCGCUGUAACCCUUCUCCUCCUCCUCCUCCUAUUACUACCCGACCAAACCCACGGCCGCCAAACCCCCACCCACUCCUCCCUCUCUGAACCACCCCCCCUCACCUUCUCCCCCAGGGGCUUGACCAACACCUUCCAAAUCUCCAUCUUCGAAGACCUCCACUUCGGCGAGAACGCCUGGGAAAAAUGGGGUCCCCUGCAAGACGCUUCCUCCAUCCGAGUGAUGAACAGCGUACUUGACUCUGAACCGUCAACAAACCUCGUUGUAUUGAACGGGGACUUGAUCACGGGCGAGAAUACCUUCAAGGAAAACAGCACAGCGUAUAUCGACCAAAUCGUGGAGCCGAUGGUGCGAAGAGGGUUGACGUGGGCGAGUACGUACGGAAAUCACGAUAGUGCUUUUAAUCUUUCGAGGGAGGCGUUGUUUGAAGAAGAAAAGAAGUGGCUGAGUUCGAGGACGGCGAGGAUGGUUACUACUGAUGAAGAGGCGGGGGUUACUAACUAUUAUCUCCCGGUCUACCCAGCACAUUGCGAGAACAACAACCCGAAAGUAGUACAGCGGAGGGCGCGGCAGCCAUGGUAUCGAUGGGCGUUGAACCUUGUCAACAUCAACAACUUCUACCCGAACCAAAACCAAAACCAAAACCAGCAGACAGCCAGCGGCGGCUGCGACACCCCAGCCCUAAUACUCUGGUUCUUCGACAGCAGAGGCGGAAACAAAUACCAACAACGGCAUCCCAAGACGGGUCAACUCCUCAGCGAGCCGAACUGGGUCCAUCAAUCAGUGGUAGACUGGUUCAAAUCCACCAGUGCUUCCAUCGCAGCCAAAGCCGGAGGAGGCGGAGCUGACGGAAAAGGAAGAAUAAUCCCGUCGAUAGGAUUCGUCCACAUCCCGACCAACGCUUCCUUGGCUCUCCAACAAGGCCAGCAAGGACAGCAGCAGGGAGGUGUAGAUGCACACCGUCAACCGGGAAUCAACGACGAUCAGCCUCUUUCGCAGCAAGGACAAGGGUGGUGUGCAAAUGGGGAGAGUGGCGAGGGCUGUGAUUAUGGUGAGCAAGACGUCCCCUUUAUGGAAGCUAUCGCUUCGAUUCCCGGCAUGAUGGCACUCUUUUCUGGGCACGAUCAUGGGAAUACGUGGUGUUAUAAGUGGGAUGGAAAAGUCCCUGGUGUUCAGCAGAAGGCUAUUGUCGCUGGGGAGGACGACGAAGGAGAAGGGGAAGGAAACGGACAUGGAUAUGGACGUGGACGUGGAAUAGACCUCUGCUUUGGCCAGCACACUGGCUAUGGAGGCUAUGGUAGCUGGAUUCGGGGUUCUCGUCAGAUCGUCGUCGAUCAGGAAGGUCUCAAGGAGUUUGCUAUCAGGACUCAUAUUCGGCUGGAAAAUGGUGAGAUUGUGGGGGCUGUCACGCUGAAUGCGACAUAUGGACAGGAUAGAUAUCCUGCUACGCCUAACGAUAAGACGCAUUUGGCGGAUCCGGCGUUGCAGCAAUUCCGAUGA